GUGUGUGAGCCCGCAGAGGGGCAGCUAGCCGGGCUAGCAAGGAGCGGCUAGCAGGCGACAUAAGACGCAACACCGCGGUGCUUAGCAGCUUAGCUCCACUGCGCCUUCGCCAUGGUCAACGUCAAGAAGCGGAAAGGUCGGGUCGUCAUCGACUCAGACUCCGAGGACAGCGCCAGCGACGACAACUUAGACGAGGAGUUGCUGUCCUUGGCAAAGAGAAAGCGCGUCGACUCCGACGAGCCGGAAGAGCCGGUGAGCAAACCGGCGGCGUCCACCGAUUCCGAGACAUCCGACAGCGAUGAUGAGUGGACUGUGGGGGGCACCAAAGGCAAAAAGAAAGUUAAACCAGGGAAGGGUCCCGAGAAGAAGAAUGCCAACAAGAAGAAGGUUCAUAAAUCCACAGCGUCUGGGAGCUCAGAUGGAGACGGCUCAGGGGAGAGCUCUGCACCUGAGGAGGGUGAGGUGUCAGACUCUGAGAGCAACAGCUCCUCGUCCAGCUUGGACUCUGACUCCUCGGAGGAUGACGUCUUCCGGGACGGCUAUGACGACGACCUGAUGGGCGACGCUGAGGACCGAGCCCGGCUGGAGCAGAUGACCGAGAAGGAGCGAGAGCAGGAGUUGUUCAACAGGAUCGAGAAGCGAGAGGUGCUUAAAAGACGAUUUGAAAUCAAGAAGAAACUGAAGACUGCAAAGAAAAAGGAGAAAGAAGAGAAGAAGAAGAAGCAGGAGGAAGAACAAGAAAAACGGAAACUAUCUCAGGUUCCAGACACACAAGUGGUGACGUCCCACAACAAGGAAAGACGAUCCAAACGUGACGAAAAACUGGACAAAAAGUCCCAAGCCAUGGAAGAACUCAAAGCGGAGCGUGAGAAGAAGAAGAACAAAACAGCAGAACUUUUGGCCAAACGAGAGCCGCUGAAGACCAGUGAGGUCUACUCGGACGACGAAGAGGAGGAGGAGGAAGAUGACGACAAGUCGUCGGUCAAGAGCGACAGGAGUUCGCGAUCUUCCUCAUUUGAUGACGAUGACGAAAAGGAGGAAACACCACCAAAGUCUCAGCCCGUUUCGCUGCCAGACGAACUCAAUCGGAUCCGCCUGUCCCGACACAAGCUAGAACGCUGGUGCCACAUGCCGUUCUUUGCCAAGACUGUGACGGGUUGCUUUGUAAGAAUUGGGAUCGGUAACAACAGCAGUAAACCAGUUUACAGGGUUGCUGAAAUUGUGGAUAUCGUGGAGACGGCAAAGGUUUACCAAUUGGGGUCCACCCGGACAAACAAAGGACUACAAUUACGGCAUGGUGGCGACACACGUGUUUUUAGGCUGGAGUAUGUAUCAAACCAGGAAUUCACAGAAAAUGAGUUCAUGAAGUGGAAAGAGGCGAUGAUCAUCGCAGGAAUGCAAGUGCCGACGUUAGACGAGGUCACCAAAAAGGAGCAGUCCAUUAAAGAAGCCAUGAACUACAAGUUCAACGACAAAGACAUUGAGGAUAUCGUCAAAGAGAAGGACCGAUUCCGAAAAGCACCACCAAACUACGCUAUGAAGAAAACUCAAUUACUUAAGGACAAGGCCAUGGCAGAGGAGAGUGGUGAUGGGGACAAAGUGAAAGUCAUCCAAGACGAGCUGAACGAGCUGGAAGAGCGGGCAGAGGCCCUGGACAGACAGAGGACCAAAAACAUCUCUGCCAUCAGCUACAUCAAUCAGAGGAACAGAAGCUGGAACAUAGUGGAAUCUGAAAAGGCUCUUGUGGCCGAAGGACAAAAUUCCAAAAACCAACAAAUGGAUCCUUUCACUCGGAGACAAUGCAAACCCACCAUGGUGUCGAAUGCCAGAGACCCGUCUGUCCACGCAGCUAUUCUCGCUCAUCUGAACCAGAAGUACGGCUCUGGCUCCUCGCCCGAUGCUUCUGCUCUGGAUAAGAGCAAACAGGUGAGAGCGAGUUUAGGCAUUUUUAAAGUACCGCUUCCAUUUUAUCCACAAUCCUCCCCACGUUUGUCACAGGAUUUGACGGACGCCAAGGACAAAGACGUACCCAAGCCAACCACUGACCUCUCAGAAGACUUGUUCAAAGUUCACGAUUUUGAUGUGAAGAUAGACCUCCAAGUUCCCAAUUCAGAAGCCAAGUCUCUGUCCGUCAGUUCCAACGCUCUGCCGGUGAAAGACGGCGCCCCCCGCAGGUCUCUUAACCUGGAGGACUACAAGAAGAGGAGGGGCCUCAUCUGACCACAACACCUUGGAAGAAAACCACACUGCAUGAGGAGGAACAGGCUGUGAAAGAACGUGUGUGUGUGUGUGCGUGCGUGUGUGUGUGUGUGUGCGCGUGUGUGUGUGUGUGUGCGCGUGUGUGUGUGUGUGUGUGUGUGACAAUACAACGGACUUUUUAUCUGAACAGAGGACAUACUGAUCAAGCAUCACUUUUCUCAAAGGAAACACAAUAUUUGUCUUUUUUUCAGCAUUUUUUUUUUUAAAUGUAACUCUUCCUUCUGCAGUCUUUUUUUUUUUUUUUUGAUUGGAUUCCGCACUGAUGGAAUAUGGCCCUGAACAAGAAUGCUAUGCUACAUUGUUAAUGUAUUGUUACUGGACACGUCAUGGCUUUGACCAGCGGGGAAUAUUCAUUUAAAUCUACUCACCCCAGUCCUCCUGACUUUCCUUUCUGCAAACCCAGCUCUAAUGUCCCAAGAGACCUCAACUGAAUAAAUGACAUGUACUUGGAAUAGAAUGUUUGGUACAUAUCACGGUUGCCUGUCUAUUAAUAAGGUUUUGAAACGGGCAGAUUGCAGAAGAAAGGUGAUUUCCCUUUUUCAAUGGAUGUUGCUUCAUUCCUAUUGUGUAUUUCUCCUUUUAGGUUGUUAAGGAUAAAAAACACCCAUGUCCUUAAAAACCCAGAGCAGAUUCUAUUUGUUAUUGUCAAUAGUCAGUUCCUGUAUUGAUGUGGCAUGCCAUGUAAAUAAACAUUUUGGAGUGAGUGCAGGAAAAAAAUAAAAAGGCACUGUUUCAUAUA